UAUAUCGGGGUACCGCUAUCGCGUACAGCUUUAGCACGGGUGGUUGCUGGCAGAGUGAGAGUGCCAUAUAUAUAGAGAGAAGGGGAAACUCGACUCGGCACUCCAAAGUACACAGCCUCCGCGAUUGCAGUGGUGUGCUCUUUCGGUUUCCUGCCAGCAGGUUGUCGCCUGAUAUCCAUUCCCUCGCGGGCCUCGCGCCAGUGGUAACAGUCGGCCACAGACCGGUGGUUUCCGCACGUUCGCAAACCUCAGAAAGGGCAUCCGCAGAGGACCAACAGAAUUCGCCCUAGGCCGCCGACACCAUGAAACUUACGCUGUUCACAAUACUGGCCCUCUGUAUAAUAGCCGUCUGCAAAUCAGCUGAAGAGGAGUAUGAUUACGAGGAGGAGGCAGAAGCGCCGGUGACGCCGGCGCCGACAAAGCCGGCAGGUGGUCGACUGGGAGGUCUUCUAUCUUCGAGAGGACGUGUCAAUGUAGCAAAUGUAGGAAAAAAGAAAGCACCGACACAAGCAACGACGUCGAAACCGGUCGAGCAAGCGCCCGAAGAGGAUGAGGUGGAGGGCGAAGACGCGCUUGACGAAAAUCAGGAACACGACGCGCCUACGACGACGACCGAAUCCGCCAAGAAACUUCGAAAUAACGGUGGCGUCAGGCCCUUCAGAUCAAACGAGGAUCUUUUGGCGGCCUUGAAGAGACGAAGAGCUCAGACUGGACCCAGUAGUCAUUCACGUGAAACUGCCACCACGCAAUCUGCGGUGGAACAUACCACAGCCAAGUCGAAAGCGAGCACAAGCAGUCGCAAGGCUAGCGCAGGGAACGAGGCAAGAACAUCAGGACGCGGCAGGUUCGGAGGAAGAGGAAAGACUGUUCAGGAGGAGGUCGAGGAGACCCAGCGAGAGGAGGUCCAAGUAAAGCCGAAAGCCAACUCCUACCGCAGACGCAGUUAGAGCGAUCGCCAAUUCGUGACGAGAGUUGCCUGAGCAUGUUGAUAUCUUAGAACGCGCAUCAUUCCAAUUCGACCACCGACCAGCGUCCGAAAAUCCUCAUCUUUCGCACACAUUGUACAAUUUUAUAAAACAACCUUACUUGCCGAACUCUCACGAAUGCCGUAGAUUCGGUGCGUAGUCUCGAUUUCCGUGUACGCGGACUUUCGAGUCGCACAAUUAACACUAAAGAAUCGUAAUACAUUUUGGGCACGAGUCAUAUGGAGGCAUCACGUCUUUUUUUCUCGAAGAACGACAACUUCGUUUAUGUCUUGCCGCGCGAUAUUAAACCUAUGACCGAUCAACAGAAAGCUGGGAAGCGUAUCGAUUAUUACGACGGGUGUUAAUCGAGAGAUCUUCCCCUUAGCCGUACUAAGCUUCGAUCGACGCGUGCACAUUGGGGAUGAUGAAAAAGUGAUGUGUACAUAGCAAAACACUGUCAUCCGUCAAGCACCUAAAUCGCCUAUUGUAUAAAUGUAAAUUAAUAUGACAAUAAAGUUUCU